GCCUCACUCAUCGACUCUAUUUCCUCUUACAACUCACCAAAACUUUGGGGUCCAUAUUUUGGGUUUAGAUUAGAUUCACCAAAUAUGAAUAUUGACCAUUUUCAUCCUCCUCCCACUCACCUACUCCAACUCAUUUCCCAAGCUAAAACCGAUGCCAAUCCUUUACCCGACGGCACGGCGGCGGCCGGAGGAAACCACCCCGGCUUCUGCACGAGAAGCCAUUGGAAGCCCCACGAAGAUGCCAAGCUCAAAGAGCUUGUCGCUCUCCACGGCCCCCACAACUGGAAUUUCAUUGCGCAACAUCUUCACGGACGAUCAGGGAAGAGCUGCAGAUUGAGGUGGUUUAACCAGUUAGAUCCGAAGCUGAAUAAGACAGCUUUUACAGAGGAGGAAGAAGAAAUGCUGAUCGAGGCGCAUAAAAUGUACGGCAAUAAAUGGGCCAUGAUUUCCCGGCUGUUCCCCGGCCGGACAGAUAACGCCGUUAAGAACCACUGGCACGUCCUCGUCGCCCGGGACCACCGCCGUCAGCCGCCACCGCCGUUUAGUUCCCCUGUUUCCGGCGAAAGCAGAGCUAGUACUAGUAGUAGCGGUUGUAAGAGGAGGAAGCGAUCAAACGACGUUGAAGAUCACAGAACUAGAUUUUUAAAUGCUGCGGCGGGAAACGAAUCCACGGCUGAUGAUACUAAGAGCAGCGCAUUCGCCGCCGGCGACGAAACGGCGUCGACUUGCACUGAUCUCUGCCUCCCUGCAGCUACGUUUUCUCUUUAUCCGACGCCUCCGCCGGACUUUCAAAUCAUCAGAACCGUUAAAGGUAUUUCCGGCUCAUCGACAAUUUUUUUACUUCAGUACUUCUCUGAAAAAAAAACAAUAUUAAAUCUAGUUUAAGGUUUUUAAACCCCAAUACAGAGAUCUGAUCCUGGUUAAACCAUUCUGACACCUGUUUUUUUUGUUACAAAAAAAAUCAUUAUUAAAAAAAAUUAAAAAGAGUACUCCCUCCGUCCCAUAAUGGUUCUCCACUUUCAAUUUGGAACAAUUAUUAAUAAAGUGGUUGAAAAGUAAAAGUUGUGGUUGAGAUUUGAGUAGAAUAAAGUGAAUUAAUAAGAACCACAUAUUUCAUGCCAAAAAAGGAAACAAGACAUUUAUUUUGGGACAACCCAAAAAGGAAAGUAAGACAACCAAAAUGGGACGGAGGGAGUACUCUGCUUCAAGUACACUGUGUUUUUAUGUCUUUUUAAGGUGUAUAUAUAUACGUAGUAUAUAUAUCACCUGUUUUUAUGUUUUUAUAUCCAUAAUAAUUUUCAAGCAUAUCAGAAAAAUAAAAUUAUUCGAAUAAAUAAUUCCUCUAAAAAAAAUAAAGAUUUACAAAAUCGUUUAAAAAACUUGAAGAGGCACAAUGGAUGAUCAUUAAUGUGAAAACGAUAUGAUUGUGUUGAAAAUUGGCCGGGAUUGCGCACGUUUGUAUUUUGUAACGCUUUUGUAAAUGAUCAUUAUUGUCACUUUCUUUAUCCUCCGAAUUUUCGCAAGUCUUUUAACAGUCAAAAGUUAUGGUAAAAUCCAUUUUCUUGGUCGUCCACAAUUAUCAUUUGGGUUAAUUGUUGGUUACAGGGUCAUCAUCAUGGUUAAGGGUGGAAGGUGUGAAGGAAAGAUCGGUGGGGUGGGGUGGUCAAUCAGAUUCAUCAAACUCAUCACAGGUUUCUGCAUCAGAGUCAGUGGGCAACAGUAGGAAGAAGACAUCAUCAGAUCAAGGCAAUCCCAUGAACAAUAAAGUCCAUUUCUAUGAUUUCCUAGGAUUGGGAGCCACCGCCUGAUUGACCCUUGUUUGUUAAUUUUGUCUUGUUCGUUGACCAAAAGAGACACAACUUAUGAAGAUUGGACUAAUUCCGAGAAAGAUUUCUGUUUCAACUCCAAACAAUGACUUGAGAUAAAACAUUACUCUUUUUUCAUCGAUAUAUGAUCAAAGUUCAAUUUUUCAUUUUCUCAGAUGACUGUUCGGUUGGUCGUAGUGAACCCUUAUAGAUGGGGUGUUGUAGUUUUGCAUUUGUAAGAUAUUGUAUGUAUUUGAGUUGGAUUUCAAAAGAAAGAAAAUGACAAGCCCAUAUGCGAGGAAUGCAUUUGCGAGUUUUUUUCCUAAUUAAUGCUAAUUAAUUAAUUAA